AUGGCUCUGCCGGGUGGAAAUAAGGAUAACAUCAGAGCAGGAUGCAAGAAGUGUGGCUACCCUGGUCAUCUGACAUUUGAAUGUCGAAACUUCCUCCGAGUAGAUCCUCAAAGAGAUAUUGUUUUGGAUGUUAGCAGCACUAGCAGUGAAGACAGUGAGGAAGAAGAACUACAGAGAUUGCAAGCCAUGCGUGAAAAAAAGAAUUUCAAUGAGGAGGAAGAAAAAAAGAAAGAAAAAAGAAGAAGCAGAGAAAAAACAAAAUUAAAGAGACCAAGGAAAAGAUCUUCCUCAUCAAGUGCAGCUGAAGAGGAUGUGCCAAAGUCAAAAAAACAAAAAUCACACAAAAAAGAAAGGGAAAAGGAAAAAAGGAAUAAAUCUAAGAAAGGAAAACAUCAUAAAAAGGAGAAAAAGAAGAGGCAAAAGGAAAAAAGUUCGUCUUCUGAUAGUUCAGACAGUUCUAGUAGCGACUGAGGUGCUGGCCUAUUUUUGCAUUCACGUCUGCAGAGAAUAUGAUCUUCCUUUCAAAUCAGAUUUAUUUAUGCUUUGCAAUGCUGUUAUUUUAAAAUGAGAUAUAUAUAUUUUUAAGAAAUCUAUUUGCAAAUAUCGGUGCUUCAAAUUAUUAAAUGGACCAUUUGAGAAAAAAAAUCCGCUCUUCUAUUUCAAGUUUCUUAGUACACAACUUAACUGGUUCUUCACUGUUAUUCUUAGUUCAGUUGUGAUUAGUUGUGUUUGGAAUCCUUUACACUAGGCUAUGGUAAACUUCAGUUUGCGAGUGUUUGUGUAGAAAGAUUUGGACUUCAAUAUGCUUAAUGUC